AUGGCUCCUUCCCGGCGAAAGGCCAACUCACCUCCGUGUGAAGAUGAAAAUCUCAGCCCCGACAGCUCCGACGAUAGCGGCGAUGACCAAUAUGACACGGAUCCAACAGAGCCUGACCGCGAAGACGAUCAGUUGAAGGAUGCAGGUGAUGUCGCGCAGCUCUUUGCAGACAACGAGCAUUUGCCAGAAUACUAUCUACAGCAACUUGAGCAGUUUGAUGAGUCCGUUUACACCCAGGAAGAUUACAGCAAAGGCACUGUGUCUCUCCUUGACCAAGUUGAAACGAGAUGGAAUCAGUUCUGUGCAUGUAUUCAAAAAGAUCCUCAGCAAGAAUUUUCGAAGCUAUCCGUUGGCAUUUUGUAUACCUUUUUGGAUUGGGCUUUGAACCUGCGACGAGGGAAGAAUGGAAGACGACUACCCGGAAUCAAGCGGAAGAGCUCGCUGGAAACUUUCUGGAAGGUUUUUCGACUUGUUUUUGAAAGAGCCACAUCUGGCAAGAUUGAAAAUCGCAUGAAUCGACAGAUGCGCCGGGUCAUUCGAAAGUUGUCCCGAAAUCAUAAGUUAUCCUGCAAGGGCCGUAAAAAGUCCACCAUGUACGUGGAGGACUUGACAAUGGUCGUCGAGACCGCGAUCAGUACUACAAAAAAGAAAUUUGGACAUGGGAGGCAUCGCAUCGAGCUCUGCCUCUUCUUGCAACUUGCUGGCCUCACUGCCAAUCGUCCUCAGGCCAUAUUAAAUUUGAUGUACCGUCAUAUUCGAGUCAGCCUGCUCCGAGAUCCGCAAGGUGGCCCACAUAGAAUCGUGAUUGAGUUCACCUUCGAGUUCACAAAAGGGUUCCUUGGCACGAAAGACGAAAACACCUAUAUUCUUCCUGAGAUCAUUUUUGACCCAUCGCUUGUUCUCAGUCCACAUGUCUCUUUACUAGGCUUGCUCUUCGGGGAUCGUGCUUUCAAGCGGGUCGAGGGACAGGAGGUUUUGUUCUCCGCAGAUCAGCUCCCUCGUCUAAAUAUUCCGGAAGAUUGUAAUGAACUUCCAUUGCUCCUCGACCCGGAUUUAGACGAUGUUCCAGUAUUCCGACAAACAGAACGGACAUUGCAAGGAAUGAGUAUCUCCCCCGACAAGCCUCUACCAUACUCUACGCUGCUCCCGUGGGUCAAAACAAUUGGAGUCAUCACUGGAUUUCGACAAGUUGCUCGCCCUUACAGCUUGCGAUAUGGCGCUGCCAAAGCGUUGGAUAAUAGCGGUUCCGUGAGCGACUCUCUUCGUAAUCUGAUUAUGCACCACGCCGAUACUCGCACCUUUCUGAAGUACUACCUUGAUAGGAGGAUUGAUAAAAACCUACCUGCCUUAAUUCGCGGUCUCAAUCCAGACGAGGAUAUCAUGCACGCAGCCUGCCGAAUGAGCAGGACCAUCGACCCAAACCGACCGCAAGACCUGACGACUGUGCAAUCGUCCUCGGUCAAUCAAAGGCCGGAAAUCCUAGCUCUGGUCCAGCGCCGUGACGAGCUUCGUCAACAACUAGGCCGACCCCUCUCGCGGCAUCGAGGCACUGUCAAAUACGGCGCUUAUAGAAAGCUGAAUCAAGAAAUCAAUGGCGCGAGAGAACGGGCAAGAAAUGCCUUGCUGUCACAGCUUCAGGAGAAAUACGACCAAGAGCAACCUAUGCUGGAAGUUCAACGACAGCUUUCCGAGGCUACGCUUGAAAAAGCGGUCAAAACAAAACUGCAAAGAUCGGAGGAGCUUCCUCCUCUUCAAAAGCGGCUGAUCGAAUGCCUACUGAGUCUGCCACCGCCAACUUUGGAUCAAGAGAUGCAUCGGCGGACUGAAGCAAUCGAUGCGGUCGCUGUUUAUUGUCAAUUUGAGGAAGGGGGAAACGUGCCGUCUGCCGCGCAACAAACGGUUUGA